AUGGCUCCCAAUCACCGAGCUUCGUCCACCGGCAGCUUCAUCGAAAGCAUUCAAGCUGCCCGGAAGCAACUGGACAACAUGGCAUUGGGUACUCCUGAUUCCUCGCUCGACGGUUCGGAAGCAUCAUCCCCUGGCAACUCUCCUGUCGGAAGCCCUGCUAGCGCUCUUUCACCCGUCACCCCUUCGAUAAGCGUCGAUGCUCCCGUGGCCGAUAGCUUCGCUUUCGCCUUCGACAUUGAUGGUGUCCUUAUCCGUGGUGGCCGUGCCAUUCCCGAGGCCGUUGAGGCCAUGAAGGUACUCAACGGCGAGAAUGAAUACGGCAUUCAGAUUCCUUAUAUCUUCCUUACGAACGGAGGCGGCAAGACCGAAGAAGAAAGAUGUGGUGACUUGUCAAAACAGAUGGAGAUCGAAAUCUCUCCCGCACAAUUCAUCUGCGGCCACACUCCCAUGAGGGAAAUGGCCGACCGAUUCAAGACUGUCUUGGUUGUUGGUGGAGAAGGCGAGAAGUGCCGUCAAGUUGCUGAAGGCUACGGCUUCAAGGAUGUCAUCACGCCCGGCGAUAUCAUCAAGCACAACUCGGCCACAACACCAUUCCGCAAGCUUACGCCCGACGAGCUCAAGAACUCUCGCGAGCCCGGCGAUAUUCAAAUCAUGCUCGAUAUCGCAAUGUCCAAGGGCGGCAAGAUCGGUACUCUGAGUGAGACCUUUGAUGAGGGCCCACCAAUUUACUUCUCUCACAACGAUGUCGUCUGGUCUGCGGCCCACGACAACGUGCGUUUGGGUAUGGGUGCUCUCCGCCGCAUGCUCGAGGUCGCCUUCAAGGACGUUACCAAGAAGAAGGGCAAGCUCCACACACACGCCUUCGGUAAGCCCCAGGUCAGCACAUUCGAGUUUGCGACGAGGCUCUUGCAACAAUGGAGACGCCAGCAGCACGGCCUCGACGCCCCUCCCGACACUGUCUACUUUGUCGGCGACACUCCCGAGUCCGAUAUUCGCGGCACGAACCUGUACGACGAGCACGCGGACAACGAGUGGCACAGCAUCCUGGUCAAGACCGGUGUCUACCAAGAUGGUACGGAGCCGGCUUACAAGCCCAAGGCUACCGUCAACACCGUCCUGGACGCCGUGCGCUACGGUAUCCAGCGCGAGAUUCGCAAGCGGGUCGUCACCUCGCUGCGCAAGGACAUCCUCGGCGAAGAAGAUUGCCUUCGCGCCAUGCAGGAGAAGGGUAGCGCGUGUUACACUCCCCUGGAGGAGCGUACGCAACCAAUCUUGGGUUAA